ACCCUUUCAAAGAGUCAAAGAGCGCCGAUCUCUCGCCCGUGUACGGACGAAAAACUUGUGUGUAAAACUUUGCUGUGCCAAUUAAACUAAAAAUAAAUCUUUCAAGGGAGAAGAAUUAUCGGACAUAAAACCUAAUAUUAAGUGUAGCGCUUUUAAAACAUUAGUGAACAUUCUGUAUUUUGCAGAAUAUAAGAAUUUACAACAAAUUUAUCUUUCAGUUGUCAGUAUUAAUUUUACCAAGCAUGUAGGAAAAACCAAUCGAAGAAACUUGUAUAGAGGCGAAUUGGCCGCAUGUAAAACAAGUGCGAAAGAAAUGGAUGCAAAUACAUUAGACUGAAUAGGGUUGUACUACUUUGAUAAAUGUUUGGCCGGGCAGAAACGUAGAAUUCAAUGUCUAUUAAAACGAAAACAAAAGCGAAGGCACUGAUGGUGGUAAUAUACAAUAAAGAAGAAAAAGUGGAAGUGCAGUUAAGUUAACAGUGACUGCUGUCAGCUAAAAUCCAGUGGAACAGGCGACUGCGAUUACCGAAAAUGGCGUUCUAAUCGUGCUGGUGCAAACCCUUUCCCUUUUGCUCGGCUGCAACUGUAAGGACUAAACGUAGAGACCGACAGUGAUUAAAAUAAUUAGUGUUACAAAAAGACUUAAAAACAGAAAAUCAACAAUGUGCUAUAUGUAUAACGAAAAACUAAUAUAAAUUUAUGUAGUGUAAAAAAUAAUGCAAAGGUGCCCAAUCAAAGUAAAUUCAAACAAAGAAAAUUUGUCCUAGAAAAAUGCCCAGCGCUUCCUUUACAUCGUCACGUUCAUACGUGCGCCGUUCCCGUCGAAAAGGUGUCAAUCGUAUAGCUUUACCAAGUCGUCCAUCCGGUAACAUAAUGGAUCCUAUGCAACAAAACAUUCCCGGACCAAGUACUGCAUCGCACUCUGGGGGAAAUUCCAGUGCCAAUGCUGGUGCGCCUUCCCUUCAAAAUAAUGACAAUAUUACUAACUCAAAUAUUUCCAUUGCUCCGCAAGACUCCUCGUCAGUUCCAUCGAGUUCUCAUUCUACAUCGCCGGCUUCUUGCUCUUCUGGAGAUACAUCAUCACAAUCGGCUGCAAUUGUAGUCAGUACAUCGUCAGCAGCAGCAGCUGCGUCAACAGCUGCUGGUGCAGUUUCAUCAGAGAUGUUUGUGGACGUCUCUGGGGCAUCUAGCUCGCAAUCAUUAAAUUCAGGACCAUCAACGUCUAGUGGUAUAACUGGUUCUUGCUCAUUUGGAGUAGUCAACGCAAAAAAUAUGAUUGGCGCUUCUGGUUCGAAUAAUCUAAUAGGAUCGUCGGGUUUUAAUACAGGAGGAAGUUUUGUCGGCGGUCAUCUAAUGGAGUCUGGAUCGGGUAAUAUUUGUGCAGGUCCGUCAAGUAGUUCAACCCAUAAUAGUAACAGCAAUUCUAGUACCGUUAAUCACACAAACAAUUGCAACCCACUUUAUUCGAAUUCUGUAUUGUGUAACUCGUUAUCUAAUGCUUCAAAUGUAACUGCAUCUACAUCUGCAUCAGCGACCAAUAGUACACAUCAGUCACCAUACGACCUUCGUCGCAAGAUGCCUUCGAAUGGGCAUGAACAUUGGUGCAACACCAGCACUUCUUCUAUUCUUACGUCCCCUUCAGCAUCGAUUUCUAUAGCCAGCACUAGCAAUAUCGCAGCUCCAAAUAUGAGCAAUAGCAGCUCGCAAUCAGUUUCUUGCGGUUCACCGCCCCUCAUGGGAGGAAGUUGCAACUCCGCAUCCAUCUCUGUUAUGCCAUCAUCAUCCUCCUCAUCAUCAGCCAUUGUGCAUGCGCCAUUAACUAGUGCCAAUUUCCCUGUAAAUUCCACCACUACUGGUGCACCAUUAGGUCCAUCACCCACAGUGCACAGCUCUAUACCACAACAACAUUGUAGCGCUCUUCCGAUUGGCGGCAUUGAAGACAAUAAUUUUAUGCUACCAGCUCGCAAGCGUUCACGACGUUUGUAUGCACAAACUGCAGAAGUACCUUGCAUGGCUGCCUGUACAGGAAGCAUCUCGCUAGUAGGUCCAACUGCAGCUCAAUACUUACAAUACGAGAUGCCCGACGAAGUGCUGCUCGCAAUAUUUUCGUAUCUUCUGGAGCAGGAUUUGUGUCGCUUGUCACUGGUUUGUAAACGUUUUAACACCAUUGCUAACGAUACUGAACUAUGGAAGAGAUUGUAUCAGUCCGUCUUCGAAUAUGACAUGCCACUCUUCAAUUCCGAGCUAUGUAAAUUCGUAUUUGAAAAACCAGAAGAGUCUGACUUUGCUAACCCGUGGAAAGAGAGUUUCCGCCAACUUUACCGUGGCGUGCAUGUUCGCUCAGGUUUUCAGGAUAAAAAAUACUCUGGUCGUAGUAUAUUGUUUUUCAAUACCAUACAAGGAGCGCUGGACUAUCCAGAAGAACGUGCCGCAGCUGCGGCAAUUGGUAGUGCAGCCAGUUCCAAUACCUCUGGAAGCAUUGGUAAUGCAAACAACUGUGGUGGUAAUGUUAGUGGCGUGGCGAAUAUUUACGAAGAAAAUAUUCAGCCCGCGGAUCAUCCAGGGCCACUCAUCUUCCUACAUGCUGGUCAUUACAAAGGCGAAUAUUUGUAUAUAGAAUCGGAUGUAGCUUUGAUUGGUGCAGCAUCUGGUAACGUGGCCGAAUCCGUCAUAUUAGAACGCGAAGCCGGGUCUACCAUGAUGUUUGUGGAAGGUGCCAAAUACGCUUAUGUUGGCUAUUUGACACUGAAAUUCUCCCCUGAUGUCACGUCCACAGUGUCUCAUCACAAACAUUAUUGUUUGGAUAUUGGAGAGAAUUGUUCACCAACCGUAGAUAACUGCAUUAUACGCAGCUCAUCGGUUGUGGGUGCUGCAGUUUGUGUGAGCGGAGUUAAUGCUAAUCCUGUCAUACGCAAUUGCGAUAUAAGCGAUUGCGAGAACGUCGGUCUCUACGUUACGGACUACGCUCAGGGCACUUACGAGCACAAUGAAAUAAGUCGCAAUGCUUUAGCCGGCAUCUGGGUAAAGAACUUUGCCAGUCCCAUUAUGCGCGAGAAUCACAUACAUCAUGGACGCGAUGUAGGCAUAUUUACAUUUGAAAAUGGCAUGGGUUACUUUGAGAAAAACGACAUACAUAACAAUCGCAUUGCUGGUUUCGAGGUGAAGGCUGGCGCCAACCCCACUGUAGUCAAGUGCGAGAUUCAUCAUGGGCAAACAGGCGGGAUUUAUGUGCAUGAGAAUGGUUUGGGGCAGUUUAUUGAGAAUCGCAUACACUCUAAUAAUUUUGCAGGCGUCUGGAUAACAUCGAAUAGUAACCCGACUAUACGCAAAAAUGAAAUAUAUAAUGGUCAUCAAGGAGGUGUAUACAUAUUUGGAGACGGUCGUGGUCUCAUCGAGCAUAAUAACAUAUACGGCAAUGCUUUGGCUGGUAUACAGAUACGUACAAAUAGUGAUCCGAUAGUGCGCCACAAUAAAAUCCAUCACGGCCAACAUGGCGGUAUAUACGUACACGAAAAGGGGCAGGGUCUUAUUGAAGAGAAUGAAGUAUACUCCAACACAUUGGCAGGCGUUUGGAUAACAACAGGCAGCACUCCAGUUUUGCGCCGAAAUCGCAUACAUUCUGGAAAACAGGUGGGCGUAUACUUUUACGACAAUGGUCAUGGAAAACUUGAGGACAACGACAUCUUCAAUCAUCUGUACUCGGGCGUACAGAUACGCACUGGCAGUAAUCCCGUUAUACGGGGAAACAAAAUUUGGGGCGGACAAAACGGUGGAGUAUUAGUUUACAAUGGCGGUCUCGGUCUAUUGGAGCAAAACGAAAUAUUCGAUAAUGCAAUGGCCGGGGUUUGGAUAAAAACCGAUUCUAAUCCGACAUUGAAACGCAACAAAAUCUAUGAUGGGCGCGAUGGCGGCAUUUGUAUUUUUAAUGGUGGCAAAGGUGUUCUUGAAGAGAAUGACAUCUUCCGCAAUACUCAGGCAGGUGUUCUCAUAUCCACCCAAUCUCAUCCAAUACUAAGGCGCAAUCGUAUUUACGAUGGCCAGGCAGCUGGAGUUGAAAUCACCAACAAUGCCACCGCCACAUUAGAGCACAAUCAGAUUUUUAAGAAUAAAUUCGGUGGAUUGUGCUUGGCCAGUGGUGUACAGCCCAUCAUACGUGGCAAUAAUAUAUUCAACAACGAAGACGAAGUCGAAAAGGCAGUCUCCUGCGGGCAGUGUUUGUACAAAAUUAGCAGCUAUACAUCAUUUCCGAUGCAUGACUUCUACCGUUGUCAAACCUGCAACACCACCGAUCGCAAUGCAAUUUGUGUCAAUUGCAUUAAGAAUUGCCACUCCGGCCAUGACGUGGAGUUCAUACGACAUGACCGCUUUUUUUGUGAUUGCGGUGCUGGUACGCUUUCGAAUCAGUGCCAAUUGCAAGGCGAGCCCACUCAGGAUACGGAUACCCUGUAUGAUUCGGCAGCCCCGAUGGAAUCUCACACACUUAUGGUGAAUUAAUAUCUUUUAUCAAUCUAUAAAUGCCAAUAAUCUUAUAUAAAUGAAAUGCAAUGAACAAAAACUAAGAUUGAUUCGAAUUAACGAACUAAUGAGAGAGUUUAAGAAAGUCAGAUGCCAAAUCAUGACAUUUCAGCUUGCUAUUAUGAAUAUCUAAAAGGUUAUUCGAUCCUAUUGACCUUGAUGGUUUAAGAGAUAUGUAUAUGAUAAAGUUGAAAACAAGAUGUCUAUUCAGUGUGUGAAAGACACAAGUAUACUCCGUGAGGUUUAUUCAAGCCUACACGAUUUACCACAUUUUCAAAAUUAUUUUUUUAAAUUACUUGUGUGUAAGACUUCUAGGACAUUUCUACUAGAAUUGAAUGAGAGUCCUUGCUCGGACCAUAACAAGUAUAAACAAUAAUAUUUAUAACUCCUAAGAACAAUAGUUAGUAUCCAAAAACUGCACCUUAAAAACUACAGAGUGCGCCAUCUUCUAUGUCGGUAUGUAAACAAGAAAUAAAUUUAAAAUUCUAACCUUAAAUCACUCCA